AUGUUCACUUUAGAUUUUCUGAACCAAGUAGCAAACGGCCUUGAGAAAGACAGCAUUUAUCAUCUUGCAGAAAAGAAUAUUCCUUCAAUCCAUGGACACACUGUAGGAUUCAAAUUAGAGCAAUUCAUAUUCGAUGCAUUUCCUUAUGCGCCUUCCACCGCACUCUACGAGGUUUUGCGCGAAGAAGAAUUUGCACCCGUGAAAAACGCGAAUGGAUCAAAUUUCGACACUCCAGACAGUGCUCGUCUGCUUGUCCUUCGUUUGCAUGCUCGUUGGGUGGUUGCUGCCGGAGGCUUCUUGACUCAUUCUGUGCCCCUAUAUGCUACUGGUGUGGAAGUUUCGCCUCUUUGCUCGUAUGCUGGAGAGAACUUGGAGGCCAUCUGCCGUGGACGAACAUUUCAUGCUCCCUGUGAAAUUGCGUUUUAGAUUUUAUCUUUUAUCGUUCUUUUUUCUUUUUUUUUUUGGUUCAUUCGAGGCUCUGUAUAUUGCGUUUGAGGAUGAAUUUGGGCUGAAUUUUUAUGUGAUAUGUGCUGAUAGAUACUUUGAUUAUAAAGAUAUAUGCAACUCACAGAAUAAGGAUUUCGUUUUGAACUUUUUAACUGUAAAUUGCUUGUUUAUGAUGGUCCGAUGGACUUCACUUUGUGCCUCUUACCUAAG